AUGAACAAAGAGAUAGGAAGCAUUUCUUCCGGCAAACUCUCGCGACUCUUCAACGUUGUAACUCAGAAGCAGAGAUCUUCUCCGGUUUUGAUUUCAGACAGAGAAACCGCCAGAAGAAUCACGGCGUACCUGGAGAAAUCCAGCAUCAAGAAACUCCAAUCGAACCCAUCGCUUCUCUUUAACCUGAAUUCAAAUGUAACCCGCCUCGUUCUAUCGAAACCUACUCUUCCCACUCAAUCCUGCAUCGACUUCUUCAAGUUUCUCCGAACAUUCGAAUCCCGUCUCAGACCCGAUCUCACGGCGGUUGUCACCUUAGCUCACCGGCUAUACUCCGACCGGAGAUUCCACGAGAUGAAAUCUCUUCUGAAUUCGGUUGCUUCCGACGGGUUUUACGGGCGUCCGGUUGAGAAUUUAGGAUCGGCGAUGGCGGAUUGUGAGAUUUCUGAAGGAAAGCUUGAAUUUUCGGAAACGUUUUUCGAUUUGGUGUUUAGGGUUUAUGUGGAUAACGGAAUGUUCGAAGAGGGUUUAAAGGUUUUCGAUUACAUGGUCGGGAAGGGAUUGAAAAUCGACGAGAGAUCCUGCAUUGUAUUUCUGGUGGCGGCGAAGAAACGCCGGAGAAUUGAUCUCUGUUUGGACAUUUUCAGGCGAAUGGUUGAUUCUGGAGUGAGAAUCACUGUUUAUUCAUUGACGAUUGUGGUCGAAGGAUUAUGCAGAAGAGGCGAAGUUGAAAAGAGUAAGAAACUGAUAAAAGAGUUCUCCAGCAAAGGAAUCAAACCUGAAGCUUAUACUUACAACACCAUCAUCAAUGCUUACGUUAAACAGAGAGACUUCUCUGGUGUAGAAGGGAUUUUGAAGGUGAUGAAGAAGCAUGGAGUGGCGUAUAACAAAGUUACGUAUACGCUUCUGAUGGAAUUUAGCGUCAAGAAUGGGAAAAUGGUUGAUGCGGAGAAACUGUUUGAUGAAAUGCGUGAGAGAGGAAUAGAAUCUGAUAUCCAUUUGUAUACUUCUCUGAUAAGUUGGAAUUGCAGAAAGGGUGAUAUAAAAAGGGCGUUUUUGUUGUUUGAUGAAUUGACAGAGAAAGGCCUUUCGCCGAGUAGCCAUACUUAUGGUGCGCUUAUCGAUGGUGUGUGUAAGGUAGGGGAAAUGGGUGCAGCUGAGAUAUUGAUGAACGAGAUGCAAAGCCGAGGAGUUGAUAUCACCCAGGUGGUAUUCAAUACAUUGAUUAAUGGGUAUUGCAGGAAAGGGAUGAUUGAUGAAGCUUUGACGAUUUAUGAUGUGAUGGAGAAGAAAGGGUUUGAAGCUGAUGUUUUCACUUUUAACACCAUUGCUAGCUGUUUGAAUAGAUUAAAAAGGUAUGAUGAGGCAAAGCAAUGGCUGUUCAGGAUGAUGGAAGGUGGUGUGAGGCUUAACACUGUUUGUUACACUAAUUUGAUCGAUGUUUACUGCAAAGAAGGGAAUAUUAAGGAGGCAAAGAGGCUAUUUGUGGAGAUGAGUAGCAAGGGAGCACAGCCCAACGCUGUCACGUACAAUGUGAUGAUAUAUGCGUACUGCAAGCAGGGGAAAGUAAAGGAAGCCCGUAAACUAAGGGACAACAUGGAAGCAAAAGGGAUGGAUCCGGAUUCAUAUACCUACACGUCGCUCAUACACGGGGAAUGUAUUGCUGAUAACGUGGACGAAGCAAUGAGACUCUUUGGCGAGAUGGGGUCGAAGGGUUUGGACCAGAGUUCUGUAACAUAUACGGUGAUGAUCUCGGGUUUGUCCAAAGCUGGAAAAUCAGACGAAGCCUUUGGAUUGUAUGAUGAGAUGAAAAGGAAAGGGUUUACAAUAGAUUAUAAGGUUUACACUGCACUCGUUGGAAGUUUGCAUUCACCUGAGACUUAGAACAUGAUCGUCAAACUACGAUCUGUUUGGACUGGUAAACCCUGAGAUCCACCUGUUGAUGGUUGAAGUCGCUUACUUAAAUCAAUACCUUUUUUGUUACUGGAAGAUUCUUUGACAGACUUGGGUUGUGGUGUGUAUCGAACGUUGCUUUUGGAGUAUGAUCAUUUGGUAUUGAGCAAGCGACCAUUUUGUCAACGAGGUA